GUCAGAGGUCUCCUAAGUUCCCUCGGGUCCCCCACAGGACUCCCCACCCCAGGGCCAGCUUAUGGGUGAGGGGGCACCCCCGGGGGCCUGAGCUGCCCCGCACAGGAUGCCCCGAGCCCCCUACCUCAUGCCCUUGCUGCUACUGCUACUGCUGCUGCUGCUGUCACUUCCCCACACCCAGGCUGCCUUUCCUCAGGACCCCCUCCCUCUGUUGACCUCUGACCUGCAAGGUACUUCCCCGUUAACUUGGUUCCGGGGCCUGGAGGAUGAUGCUGUGGCUGCAGAACUUGGGUUGGACUUUCAGAGAUUCCUGACUUUGAACCGGACCUUGCUAGUGGCUGCCCGGGACCACGUUUUCUCCUUCGAUCUUCAAGCCCAAGAAGAAGGGGAGGGGCUGGUGCCCAACAAGUAUCUAACAUGGAGGAGCCAAGAUAUGGAGAACUGUGCGGUGCGGGGGAAGCUGACGGACGAGUGCUACAACUACAUUCGUGUUCUCGUUCCCUGGGACUCCCAGACACUCUUGGCCUGUGGGACAAACUCGUUCAGCCCUAUGUGCCGCAGCUAUGGGAUAACUUCGCUGCAGCAGGAGGGUGAGGAGCUGAGUGGGCAGGCUCGAUGCCCCUUUGAUGCCACCCAGUCCAAUGUGGCCAUCUUCGCAGAGGGCAGUCUGUACUCAGCCACCGCUGCAGAUUUCCAGGCCAGCGAUGCUGUCGUUUACCGAAGCCUUGGGCCUCAGCCCCCCCUCCGUUCGGCCAAGUACGACUCCAAGUGGCUCCGAGAGCCACACUUUGUCCAUGCCUUGGAACAUGGAGAGCAUGUUUACUUCUUCUUCCGAGAGGUCUCUGUGGAGGAUGCCCGGCUAGGAAGGGUGCAGUUCUCCCGGGUGGCCCGGGUGUGUAAACGGGACAUGGGUGGCUCACCUCGAGCCUUGGACCGCCAUUGGACAUCCUUCCUAAAGCUGCGGCUCAACUGCUCUGUUCCUGGGGACUCUACCUUUUACUUCGACGUCUUGCAGGCAUUGACUGGGCCUGUGAACCUGCACGGUCGCUCUGCGCUCUUUGGAGUCUUCACCACUCAGACCAAUAGCAUUCCUGGCUCUGCAGUCUGCGCCUUCUACCUGGAUGAUGUUGAGCGUGGGUUUGAGGGCAAGUUCAAGGAGCAGAGGAGUCUGGAUGGGGCCUGGACCCCUGUGUCUGAGGACAGGGUCCCUUCACCCAGGCCAGGGUCGUGUGCAGGUGUGGGAGGCGCUGCCUUGUUCUCCUCUUCUCAAGACCUCCCUGAUGACGUCCUGACUUUCAUCAAGGCACACCCACUGCUAGACCCCGCUGUGCCACCUGCCACCCAUCAGCCUCUCCUCACGCUCAGUAACAGGGCGCUAUUGACCCAGGUAGCUGUGGACGGUAUGGCUGGCCCCCAUAGUAACACCACCGUCCUGUUCCUUGGCUCCAAUGACGGGACAGUGCUGAAGGUGCUGCCCCCAGGGGGGCAAUCCGGGGAGCCUGAGCCCAUCCUAUUGGAAGAGAUUGAUGCCUACAGCCCUUCGCGGUGCAGCGGGAAGCGGGCAGCCCACACAGCACGACGGAUUAUAGGGCUGGAGCUGGACACUGAAGGUCACAGGCUUUUUGUGGCCUUCUCUGGCUGUAUUGUCUACCUCCCUCUGAGCCGCUGUGCCAGACAUGGGGCCUGUCAAAGGAGUUGUCUGGCUUCUCGGGACCCAUACUGUGGAUGGCACAGCUCCAGAGGCUGUGUGGAUAUCAGAGGACCUGGUGGGGCUGAUGUGGCCCUCGCUGGGAACCAUGAGCCCACGGAGCAUGGUGACUGUCGAGAUGGAGCCACCGGGAGUCAGUCUGGCCCUGGGGACUCUGCUUACGUGCUUCUGGGUCCUGGCCCUUCCCUUGAGACCCCCAGUUCCCCCAGUGAUGUCCACCCCGGGCCCCUGUCUUCCACUCUUGGAGCUCACACUGAGGGCGUGCGCCGGGACCUCCUCCCCGCCUCGGCCUCCCGCUCCGUCCCCAUCCCGCUGCUCCUGGCCAGUGUGGCCGCAGCCUUCGCCUUGGGCGCCUCGGUCUCCGGCCUCCUGGUCUCCUGUGUGUGUCGCCGCACCCACCACCGUCGGAACAAGGACGUGGAGUCGCCGGUGCUCCCGCGCCCUCUCUCGCUUCGCAGCCUGGCCCGGCUGCACGGGGCCGGCCUGGAGCCCCCGCCGCCGUCCAAGGACGCCGACCCGGCGCCGGCGCCGCAGCUCUACACCACCUUCCUGCCUCCGCCCGAGGCCGGGCCUCCGCCCGAGCUGGCCUGCCUGCCCACGCCCGAGUCCACGCCCGAGCUGCCCGUCAAGCACCUCCGCGCCUCCGGGGGCCCGUGGGAGUGGAACCAGAACGGGAACAACGCCAAGGAGGGUCCGGGGCGCGCGCGGGGCGGCCACGCGGCCGGCGGGCCCGCGCCGCGCGUGCUGGUGAGGCCGCCGCCGCCCGGCUGCCCGGGGCAGGCGGUGGAGGUGACCACGCUGGAGGAACUGCUGCGCUACCUGCACGGCCCGCAGCCGCCCCGCAAGGCCGCCGAGCCCCCGGCCCCGUUCACCUGCCGGCCGCUCCCGCCCGAGCCGGCCCCCAGCCCCCCCCUCUUCGCGGACUCGGGGGCGCUCCCCCGAGAAUGCGCGCCGCCCCUCCGGCUGGACGUGCCCCCCGACGGCCAGGGCGCCGCGCCCGCCGCCCCCACGCGGCCCGCGCUCUCCGCCCCGGCUCCCCGCCUCGGCGUCGGGGGGAGCCGCCGCCUGCCGUUCCCCACGCACCGGGCGCCCCCGGCGCUGCUCACCCGAGUCCCCUCCGGGGGCCCCUCCAGGUACUCCGGGGGGCCCGGGAGACACCUCCUGUACCUGGGCCGUGCCGAGGGCUACCGCGGCCGCGCCCCGAAGAGGGUGGACGUCGACAAGUCCCCGUUGUCCCCCAAGUCUCCCCUCGUCGGGGCCGCCCCUCAGGGCAGCCAUUUUAACUUUUAGAGGCUGCUGCUGGGGCGCCCGGGCCCCGGCCCCCCCAGCCUCCCCGAGGAU